ACUAUUCUUUUGUUAGAAUUAGAGAAUCCGUAGUGUUCUUCUGGGCGUGCAGUGGAUUAAAGUAGGCAUGGGCGUUGGGGGUAACUUUUGGGAUUUACUAAAACCCUACGCGCGAAACGAAGAUUUCGAUUUCCUGAGAAACAAGAAAGUGGCAGUAGACCUCUCUUUCUGGAUCGUUCAACAUGAGACUGCCAUUGGGAAGAACGCAAGGAAUCCUCAUCUCAGAGUCACUUUCUUUAGAACCAUUAAUCUCUUUUCCAAGCUUGGAGCGUUUCCGGUCUUUGUAGUUGACGGGAUUCCUUCUCCGUUGAAAUCACGGGCGAGAAUCGAACGCUUCUGCCGUUCUUCCGGCAUUGAUGUAACGGCUAUUCCGAAUUCAGAGGAAGGAGUUUCUGUUGAAAGGAAUCGGACUUUUACGAAAUCCGUUCGGGAGUGCGUGGAACUGCUCCAACUCCUUGGAAUGCCGGUACUAACAGCAAAAUCUGAAGCUGAAGCACUCUGCGCUCAAUUAAAUAGUGAUGGUCAUGUAGAUGCUUGCAUCACGGCUGACAGUGAUGCUUUCCUCUUUGGGGCCAAGUGUGUGGUAAAAUGCCUGCGGCCUAAUUCCAAAGAACCAUUUGAAUGCUACUAUAUGUCAGAUAUUGAAGCUGGUCUUGGGCUGAAGAGGAAACAGUUGGUAGCCAUCUCUCUUUUGGUUGGAAAUGACCAUGACUUAAAAGGGGUGCAAGGAAUUGGGCUUGAUACAGCUCUACACUUUGUUCAGAUGUACCCUGAGGAUGAAAUUUUGAACAAGUUACGUGAAGCAGGCAAGGCGGAGAUACCAUUGUCUCAGGAUGGUAAUAAAACUACUGGUGAUUGCUACGGACCGAGUACAAAUAAGAGCUCUUCUAAGAUGAAAUCUCCUCAUUGUUCAUACUGUGGGCACCCAGGCAGCAAAAGAUCUCAUCUCAAGCUUGCUUGCGAGUAUUGCACUGCUACUGGUAAUGAGAAUUGCAUUCAAAAACCAGUGGGAUUCAAAUGUGAAUGCUCUUCUUGUGAUAUGGAUCGGAAAAGCAAGGAACUGAAGAAACAUGAAAAUUGGCAAAUCAAAGUUUGCAGAAAAAUUUCCAUUGAGCAGAAUUUUCCAAACAAUGAGAUCAUUGAAAUGUAUUUAAGUGACCAGCAUGGAAAUUUCACAGAAAACGAGGGCCCUUCUUUAAAGUGGGAAAACCCCAGGACUGAGACACUCGUUGACUUCCUAGGUUACCACCAACAUUGGGAGCCAUCAUACAUACGGCAGAGGAUGCUUCCGUUGCUAUCCACUAUUUUCUUGAGAGAUAUGGCAUCGAGUCUGGCAGAAGGCUUGUUGUUGUAUGGACAAUAUGAAUUCAAUUCUAUUCAACGUGAGAAGAUAAGAUAUGGCCAACCAUUUUAUGUGGUCAAAUGGAAGAAGGCUGACGUUGCUGUGGGCAGUUGUAUCCAUAUGGUCCCAACUGAACAGUCUGACCAGGAAACAGUAGAGUUGGAUGGACUGAGUGAGUCUGUUGAGGAUGAGCCUGAUGUCCCAGAGAUUUUGGUUGCUAAUGACUGUUGGUUUCUGAUGACUGAUGAAAAUAUGGAGCUUGUUCAGGCUGCAUUUCCAGAAAAAGUUGAGACAUUCUUGCAGGAGAAGGUGAUGAAAGAGUCAAAAUCAAGGAAAAAGAAAUCCAGCUUGCAAUCUGGUGGAGGGAAGGUUGAUUCAAAAUCAAGUGGUGUUCAGCUCAGUAUUACCGAGUUUUACCGCUCAACGAAAGUAUUGGUUCAGUCAAAACAGGGGGAAGACCCAUCCAAAAUUUCUGCUUCUGAUGGAGGAGCAGAAAUUUUGGAAGGAGAGAGAAAGAUGUCUAGGUCUAACUUAUCUAAUAAGUCUGUAAGGCGUCGCCUGGAGUUUGAAUAGGACAUGACCCUUAAUGCAUUAAACAGUUUCACAUCACCCUUAUGUAAUUAAGAAUGCUAGUUCAAGGGACGAUAGUCUUAAAUGUAAAUUAUGUCUUUCUAGCCUAGAAUUGCAUUUUGUGUAAGAGGACCAGCUGUGGAGGGAAGUUCUUUUGUAAUUAACCAAAGGGAAAUUUAUGAGAGAGAUUGUUUUCUAAUAAACUGAGAAAAAUUCAUGAGA